AUGGCUUUCCCCUCUGGUACUUGUAACAUGCUCCUCUUGGAAAGAAGUGCUGGGAACGAAAGGACUGAAAACUGUUUGGGAAAGACUGGCGAGGAGAUUGUUUUGCUCUCAAAUACAACUCAAUGUGCAACUGACCCCAAGCCGAUUGUCGUUCUUUUGAUUCUAAUUCCUUGCAGUGUUUACACUAACAUCAUUCAUGUAGAUUUAGAAGAAACACGAGAAGAAUGGCCAUGGGAAUUCGAUCCUCCAGCAAGACCAGCGCCACCUGACUUGGAAAGCCCUGAUAAAAAAACUUACGAAGACGACGGUGACGAUGAUGACUUAUAUGAAUUUCGCAGAGAUGUUCACAGAAGAUCUACUUAUGACUACGGCGAUGUUCUUCACAAGUCGAUUCAGUUCUACGAAGCGCAGAAAUCAGGUGCACUUCCAGCCGAUCAUCGCUUACCCUGGAGAAAUGAUUCAGCUCUUUACGAUAGUGGAUUGAAUGGCGAAGAUUUAACUGGAGGUUUUUAUGAUGCGGGCGACCAUGUUAAGUUUGGUUUUCCGAUGGCCUACACAACUACAGUUUUGACAUGGGGAUUGCUGCGUUACAAAGAUGCAUAUGAAGCCGCUGGUGAGCUGGAAAACAUGUACAAUAUAAUCAAAUGGGCCACUGAUUAUUUCAUCAAAGCUCACCCUACUCCAAAUGAGCUGUAUAUGCAGGUCGGAGAUGGAAGAAUUGAUCACUCAUACUGGAUCCGACCCGAAGAUAUGACAAUGGAACGACCGCCAUUCAUCGUAAAUUCAUCGAACCCUGGUUCUGAUGUAGCUGGUGAGACAGCGGCUGCAUUCGCGGCUGCGUCCAUAGUAUUCCAGGAAGUAGAUCUAGCUUAUUCAACUGAGCUAUUGGCCCAUGCCCUUGAUCUCUAUAGUCUGGCAAACAAUUAUCGUGGUGCAUACACCUCCAGCUACUAUGCCUCGUCGAACUAUGGAGAUGAACUGGCCUGGGCAUCUGCCUGGAUAUAUUAUGCUACAGAGAAUCUGACGUGGAAAGCAGAAGCCGAGAGCAUGUAUGCAACUUACAUCGAUUCAGUGGGCAACCCAUGGUCGUUUUCCUGGGGAACCAAGAAUGCCGGUGUCGCUCUGCUCAUGUUCGAGAUUACUCAAAACACUACCUAUUCCAAGAAGUUGAAGAGUUUUGUCAAUGGAUGGUUACCGGAGAAUGAGUUCCCGCACACGCCUUUGGGUCUUGCUUUUCGUAGCGAAUGGGGUUCUCUGCGAUACGCAGCGGCCACUGGCAUGUUAGCUCUUUUCGCAUCCGACAGUGGUAUACGAGCUACAAGGUUCAAAGACUGGGGAAAACAACAGAUAGAUUACAUGCUGGGUAACAGUGGCAGGAGUUUUGUUGUUGGGUUUGGAGUUAACUCUCCUCAAUCCCCCCACCACAGAGCAAGCUCAUGUACGGAGGAAGUUUUUGGGAGUACUGCUCUGAACUCGCCGAAUGUGAACCCUCAUUUGUUGGUAGGGGCACUGGUCGGUGGGCCUGACAGCCAAGAUAACUACGUUGAUAACAGAAAAGACUACGUAAAGAAUGAAGUUGCAUGUGAUUACAACGCAGCUUUUCAAUCAGCCGUGGCAGACGACGUGUUCACCGUAAUGAACAUUGUACUUUGUUUAAUGGUAGCGCUACAACUACCUACCAGUAUAGACCUGUUAAGAGCAGGCUAUAUUUACACGACCAGUGUAUUCCGGUUACGGAGCGAGUUCUAG